AUGGCAUCUCCUACAGUUUCUGGCGCAUUCUUCAACCCCCAAAGUCGAGCACCAACCCCUGAGUACCUAAACGGUCUACAGGCGUUCCUCCAGCAGAAUCCACAUGGGAAAGCGUUACUGCAGCACGUCGCUGGCUUAGGGAGCGUCUGGCCUGUGUGGGCUGCGGCUCGUGAGGACAUCCGCACUCUUCCCAAUGGCGAACAUUACCUCAACCUUCUCGUCUCUUGGGCAAAAGGAGGGCCCUCAGAACCAGUUUCUGAGGCCAGAACGGGCGUGAUCGCUCUGCCGCUCCUCUUGAUCCUCCAGCUGGGCCAGUAUUUCCGUUAUCUUGACCACCAUGGCCUCUCGCACGCCGAAUUCAUACGCAAGGCUGGCGGCGCUGGGGGCAUACAAGGAUGCUGUGGUGGGGAACCGCCUGCGUUAUCAGUGGCACUCGCUCGCGAUGAGGCCCAAGUAGUCGAGAAUGCCGCCGUGUUCCUUCGCAUACUGGUUGGAGUCGGUGGUUACAUCGAGGCUGUGGAUGAUUGGACCUCAUCGGAACCCACCAUAAUUGCCAUUCGCUUGAAGCACGAAGGCCAAGGCGAGGAACUCAUGCAAAAAUUUCCCGGAACCUAUGUUUCAGCAAUCACUGAACCGAAAUCACUCAGCUUUGUAGGAAACGCUAAAGCGAUUGCUCGUCUAUAUGAAUAUGCCCGCGAUAAUGGCCUACCUGCAGAUUUGAUGGACGUGACCGGAAAGGCCCACAACCCGGAAAAUUCCCAUCUUGUCCCCGAAUUUCUGGAUAUCCUGAAAAGGAACCCAACCCUCUUCGACCUACCGAGUUCCAGCAAACUGCAGGUCACCGUAAGAUCUAACAUCGAUGGGGAAAAGCUGACUGAUGCUUCCAUCAUGGAAGAUAUGGUCAUCAUGAUGCUGGCUGCGUGUUGCGAUUGGUACAGACUCUUGUCUCGUGUUGCGGAAGAUAUGAAGACUUCGGGCCGCCCCACACACCAUAUGGUCAUAUUCGGCAUGAAUGACAGCGUGCCACUCUCGCCUUUCAAUAAGCAGCGCCUGCGGAUCACCAAGUUCAAGGCUCAUGUCCUCAUACCUGAGGUACCGAGCCCUCCACAGCUCACACAGCCCACACCUAAUGGCCGCAUUGGGAAUGCGGGUGACGGUGCCAAUAUCCAAUUCCGCGAUGAUGCGAUCGCUAUUGUGGGAGUGGCGUGUCGUUUGCCCGGCGCCUCCAACCUCGAAGAACUCUGGGAGUUCAUAUCGAAGGGGAGUGAUGCACAUCAAGAGAUACCGAGAGAACGCAUUGAUCGGGAUGCAUGCUUCCGGGCUUCGCAGGAAGGUAGUCCGCAAAAUAGAUUUUUCGGCAACUUCAUAGCGGACAUCAAACGGUUCGACAACGCUUUCUUCGGCAUCAAUGCGAAGGAAGCUGCCAGUCUCGAUCCUCAACAACGCAUGCUCCUGGAGCUCUCAUUCGAAGCUUUGGACUCUAGCGGCUACCUGUCUACCCAUCGCCGUCAUGCAGAGGACCGCGUUGGAUGCUUUAUCGGAGGAUCGCUGAACGAAUACCAUGCCAAUACUUCCGCACAUGCACCAACGGCAUACACUGCCACUGGGACCAUACGCGCCUUUCUGUGUGGUAGAUUGAGCUAUCACUAUGGAUGGACUGCACCAUCGGAGGUCAUUGACACAGCUUGCUCGUCUUCCCUGGUAGCUGUCAAUAGGGCUUGCCGCGCGGUAUCUUCAGGCGAAUGUGACAUGGCUAUAGCAGGUGGCGUUAGUGCGCUCACAGCACUGGACAAUUUCUUAGACCUUGGAAAAGCUGGAUUUCUAAGCACAACCGGACAAUGUAAACCCUUCGACGCAUCUGCGGACGGCUAUUGCCGCGCAGAAGGUGCGGGUCUGGUCGUUUUGAAGAAGCUCUGGAAUGCUAUCCAAGCCGGGGACGAGAUUUUCGGUGUAAUCCCAAGCAUCGCGACCAAUCAAGGAGGAACAUCUACGACACUUACUGUGCCGUCUGCUUCUGCUCUUAAAUCCUUGUAUCGGUCGAUUCUUGACCGAGCUCAGAUUGAUCCAGCACAGGUGUCCUAUGUGGAAGCUCAUGGAACGGGCACUCAGGCCGGCGAUCCUAUCGAGAUGGAUAGUAUCAGAACAGUGCUGGGAGGCGUUGCGCGUCCCGUGCCUCUCUCCAUUGGUUCCAUCAAAGGCAACAUUGGGCAUACUGAGUCGGCUGCAGGUGUCGCAGGGUUGCUAAAAGUCCUAGCAAUGAUCAGAUAUGGCAGCAUACCCCCUCAGGCCAAUCACAACCGCCUGAACCCCAAGAUUCCUCUGUUAGAACCGGAUGGCCUCGAAAUCACUCGUGCUCUCAAAAGCUGGGACGUACCGCUGCGGAUUGCUCUAGUGAACAGCUAUGGAGCAGGAGGAUCCAACUGUGCUCUUCUCUGCUGUGAGAUGCCUCGAAGAUCAAGGGUCGCCACGGUGCCAACCGCCAACGAAGAGAACAUUGCUCACCCGAUCCUUGUCAGUGCCGCUUCAAGGUCGGCCCUCGUUGCAAAUGCGAGGACACUGGCAGCGUACUUUGCGAAGCAGAUGCACAGGAUUAAAAUUGCGGACGUCGCCUACACUCUCAAUCAGCGCAAAAAGCGGCACAGAUUCUGCGCUGAUGUACGUGCGCCGGACAUCUCCAGCCUGGUGCGCUCCUUGAACUCGCUGGAUGCGCCUAGUUUUGAAUCGCCAGCUAGAGCGAAGCCUGUGGUAUUAAUGCUAAGCGGCCAAUACGACGACAAAGUGGCUUUGGAUCGCAGAUACUAUGAGCAAUAUCCUGUGUUUCGCUCAUAUAUCGACGCUUGCGAUUCCAAACUGGUGGACCUUGGUUAUAAACCCAUCUUACCGGCAAUCUUCCAGAAGGCACCCAUCGAUAGCGCACUGGUUUUGCAAUGCAGUAUUUUCGCAAUGCAAUACGCUUCCGCACAGUGCUGGAUAGAUUGUGGUUUGCGCCCCGCCGCAAUCAUAGGCCAUAGUCUUGGUGAACUGGCGGCAUUGGCCAUUUCAGGUGCUCUCACCCUUGAGCAGUCGCUUGAGCUUGUCGCAUUCAGAGCUCAGCUUGUGGAUAGCUCUUGGGGUAUGGAAAAAGGUGCAAUGCUUGCUAUCCAUACUACUGCUAGCGAAGUUGAACGGCUCAUUGAUCGUGUCAAAUCCGCAGUCAACAAUACGCAGUUGGAGAUUGCCUGCUACAAUGCUCCCAGAUCCAUCGUGAUUGCGGGAACAGCAAUGGCAAUUGACUCUGCGGAGAAAAUCCUUUCCAGCGAGUUUUCGGGGACCAAGUAUCAACGUUUGCGGACAACACAUGCCUUCCAUUCCUUUCUCACUGAAGGUAUUCUCGCCAACCUAGAAAAGGUUUCCGAGGAGUUGGACUGGCGGGAGCCGGUUUUCACGCUUGAAACUUGCACCUCACACGUGUUAUCAUCUCUUCGUGAUUGGAAUCCUGCUCGACAUGCCAGGGAUCCCGUUUUCUUCUCGAAAGCUGUGCAGAGAGUGGAAGAACGCCUGGGGGACUGUAUCUGGCUCGAGGCUGGGUUCGACACGCCCAUCAUUGCCAUGACGAAAGGAGCUUGUGCCGACCCAGCCCCGCAUGAUUUUCAGAGAACGACCACUAAGAAUUCAGAAACUCCAUGGGACUCAAUCAGCGCAGUGGUGUCGGCUUUCUGGCGCCGUGGGAUCUCUUUGUCUCACUGGACCACAGCAGGUCCUGCUGUUAGCCAAGUAUGGCUUCCACCGUAUCAAUUUGAGAAACAGCAGCAUUGGAUUGAUUAUGUUGACCGCGCCAUGGAGGCUCAUCAGAAACUGCUGGCCGCCGCUCCAGUUCCAGUGGCGACUCCAGCUGUGGCCGCUUCGCCGCGACUCCUCACACGUAAAAGUCCCGGUUCCUCGAGCUCACGUUCCGUUGAGUUUGCAAUCAAUACCCAGUGUGAAAGGUUUCAAGAGGUGGUCAAAGGCCAUGCCGUCUUGCAGAUUCCUCUUUGCCCCGCUCCCAUGCACAUGGAAUGUUGUACUAUGGCCAUACAAGACAUUGUAGGGGAAGUUGAGGGCCGGAAUCUGAUGUUUGAAAACCUCUAUUUCCAUUCUCCUCUUGCACUGGACCCGAAUCGCGAGGUGGACCUCCGACUAGAAGAGCUGGUACCGACCCAAUCGUGGAACUUUACAGUACGCUCGAUGCCACUGGGUUCCACAGCUGAGCCACAGGUCCACUGUACUGGAACAGCUUCUUUACCUCAACAGCUCGCUCUGUCCACGUACGGGCGUCUACUGGAGAGCAAUAUCGACCGCGUUGAGUCCUGUGAGACGACUGAACGGCUAAUGGCCAAGCGUGCGUAUGGACUCUUCCUUAGAGUUAUGCACUACGCCCCGUUCUUCAAAGGUAUAUCCUACCUCGCCGUCGAUGGUACAGAAGCUGUGGCAACGAUAAAGCUGCCUACUGAUCAGCCAGGACGCACUGAAAGUACUGUCUGGCAGAAGUGUGACACAGUUCUUAUCGACGCAUUCAUCUCGGUUGUGGGGUUGCUCCUGAACAGUAGCGACGCAGCCUCGGACGAUGACAUCUUGAUAGCGGUCGGGAUCCAAAGCGUUAUCCUCAGUUCCGCGUGUCAGAUGGGUUUGCCUGAACUGGAAUACCUGGUCUACGCCAAGUUCCAGAUCAGCGAAGGUACUAAUCCCAUCGGUGAUGUUUUUGUUUGCUCUCCUAAGGACCGGACGGUGGUGGCAAUGAUGACUGGCGUUCAGUUUGCUAAGGUAGAUGUCACAAAGUUCAAGAAGACUCUGAUGUCAGCAAAUGGUAUCCAACAGCCGCCCCCGACUCAGCGCGCCGUCCAGCCCAGCGAGACGGUGAUAGCGGUUACUCCAAGUGCGCAAGCCGCAGCCAGUAGCGGUGCCCAAUCAGCAACCAGUUUCGAGACGAAGUCUACUGUCCCGUUUGCGACUCCAGCAGAGGGGAACAUCGAAACAGGCGUCAAAGAAAUCAUUUCCAAUUAUACUGGUCUGCACCCAGAUGACAUCCCCCGAGAUGCAGUGCUAGUCGAGCUUGGUAUCGAUUCCCUUUCAUCCAUCGAAUUCGCAACUGAGAUUCAAACUGCUUUUUGCAUUGAGAUCAAAGCCGAAGAGCUCGGCGAUAUGACACUUGAUAGCCUUACCCGACGGCUAGGACACACUGCGUCUGGCGACGUCAAUAUAAAAGUGCCGAAUAUAGAAAGGGCCGAUACCAGCGAGCUUAAACCGGUUACAGCCUCCAACACCGCCAAGGUUCCGGAAAGCAUUGCGCAUGUGGAUUCGCAAGCAGCGGAGUAUAAUCCUUUCCAAGCCCUCUUGGAAACAGACGACCGAUUCCAAGAGACUGCAACACGCAGGGGAUACGUGGGUUAUCAUGCAACAAUUGCACCAGUGCAAAACAACCUGACACUCGCGUAUAUCUUAGAGGCUUUCAAGUCUCUCGGUGUUGACGUCCUGGAUAUCUCUUCUGGAAGUGUGGUGCCCCCGCUUUCUUUCAUUCCUAAGCAUGAGAAACUGGUAUCCCGCCUUUGGGACAUCCUCCAAGAGCACGGAAUAGUUGCGAAACACGCCAGUGUAAUCAUCCGAGGUCGCAACACUGCUACAUUUGGUACAGCGGCUGAACUAUACGACUUGUUCACUACCCGGUUCCCGCAAUAUCUUCCUGAGGCUAGACUGAUGAAGAUGAUGGGUGAGAAAUUGGGCCCGUGCCUGAAAGGGGAGCAAGAUCCGCUCUCACUGAUGUUCGGCACCCAGGCGUCAUCUCAAAUUAUGGAAGAUUACUAUGCAAACUCCCCGAUGGUUUCCACCCUUACCGAUCAAUUGGUCACCUUCGUCUGCACUCUUGCCAAGCAUAGGAACAGCAGCAGCGUGGAGCCUCUCCGCAUCUUGGAAGUAGGGGCAGGCACAGGAGGCACGACAAUGAGGCUUGUGGAAAAUCUCAACGCCCAAGGAGUUGCCUGCGAGUAUACUUUUACAGAUAUUGCAGGCCGCAUGGUUGUGAAGGCUAAAGAGCGGUUUCGCAAAUUCCCGUGGAUGCGAUUCGAGAAUUUCGAUCUGGAGAAGGACGUUCGAGACACUUUCCGCAACAGGUUCGACAUCGUCAUCGGCACCAAUUGCGUACAUGCGACAACUAGUCGGGUGGCUUCUUUGCACAGGCUGUGGGAAACGCUGAAUGCAGACGGGGUCGUGAUCCUCUCUGAAGGCACCGUACCCCUAGCCUGGUUCGAUAUAACCUUUGGGUUGCUCGAAGGAUGGUGGUUAGCAGAGCACGGAACCGAAUAUCCUCUUCAACCCGCCACCAAAUGGAUGGAGGCUUUCAAGGCAGCAGGUUUUCCAUCUUGCAGCUUUACGCGCGGGCCAGUUCAGGAGGCAUUUACUCAACAGCUCCUGAUCGGGAGCAAGAGGAAGUGGCCCGUUCUAGCUUCUACAGAGCUAUUGUCCCCUCCAACGAUAGACCGGAGCGAUUCAUUUCAUCUUGAAACCGUUGUAUACAAAGAGGUGAGUGGGGUUCAGAUUCAUGCGGAUAUAUAUAUACCGCAAGAAGCCACAUCGUCGCCGCUGCCCAUCGCACUCAUGAUUCAUGGGGGAGGAUUCAUGAUGUUGUCAAGGAAAAUGAUCCGCCCAGCACAAACAAAGUACCUCCUCUCUCAAGGCUUCUUGCCGGUCAGCGUCGAUUAUCGUUUAUGUCCUGAAGUCAACAUCAUCGAAGGACCAAUGGCCGAUGUUCGAGAUGCAUAUCGUUGGGUGCGAGAUACUCUACCCUCGUAUCUUGCCAAAAAAGGCGUCACUGUCGACCGUGAUCGGGUCGUAGUCAUUGGUUGGUCUACGGGAGGCCAUUUAGCAUUGUCUACUGGAUGGACGACCAGGGAGUCGGGGAUCAAAUCACCGACCGCCAUUCUUAGCUUCUACGCCCCUGUAGACUUUGAAUCUGGAGAACUGGACUCCCAAGCUGGGGCUCAAGCACCUCUACCACGAACAGACAAGAAGAAAAUACUUAACAGUCUAUCUAAGACACCGAUCACCAAUUACGAAACAAAGAAUGCAGAAGACAACUUCUUCGGUCUCCAACCUGGCGAUCCACGCUCGGAUUUGCUGCUUACUGUAUCGCAAGACGGAACCGCGCUUGCUCUGCUCCUCAACGGUCUCCAUCCUAAGGAUGGACGUGACUGUUUUGAACCGCCUUCUUCAACGCUCGUCGCCGCAAUCAGUCCACUAGCUCAAGCCCGGCAAGGUAAUUAUCUCACUCCGACUUUCAUCAUACACAGUCCUCAGGAUGAGGUCGCGCCAUUUGCUGCGGCAGAACGCCUGAUAGAUGAGUUGAAAAGGCAAGGCGUAGAGUGUGGUCUCUUGCGUUUGGAUGGGGCCAGCCACUUGCACGAUGUUCAUAUGCGGCCGGGAGUUUCCGGGUGGGAGGAACAGGUGUUGCCUGGAUAUAGGUUUCUGGUGGAGGCAGUCUCUAAUGCCCUUUUCUGA